AUGAAGGGCACGGAACGGCCCUUUACCGGCGAGUAUGACGACUUCUACGAAGGCGGCACCUACAUUUGCCGCCGUUGCAACGCCGAGCUAUACAAGUCUGACGACAAGUUCGACGCGCAUUGUGGCUGGCCGGCCUUUGACCAGGAACUUCCCGACGCGGUAAACCAUUUGCCGGACCCUGAUGGCUACCGCACCGAGAUCGAGUGCGCCAACUGCGGCGGGCACCUUGGUCACGUCUUCUUCGGCGAGGGGUUCACACCUACCGGCGCCCGCCACUGCGUAAACUCCCUGUCCAUGAAAUUUGUGCCCUCAGACGAGGAGCAAUCGUAG